AAUGAGAGGAGAUUCGGAAGUAGCGUGCAGCAUCAAGGUCGAUGCAUUAAUAUUGUUUGUGUUAAAUUAGUAAUCAUAUAUAUUUUGCCUGUUGGAUGAUAGGAUAUGAUCGAUAUUUCUGGAUGUCAUUCUUCAACGCCAUCGGCAUCAUAAGGUUUUUGAAUAUGUUGUCGUACUUUUAAACUCACUUUCCUGGUAGGUGGAAGUCGAUUAGCUUCAUUGGCACAAAGUUCAUGUUAGCUAGUUAGCCAGGGCGUGUAUUUAUUACGCCUAUUCUUUUGCAAAACGUUUCUUAAACGGAACGACACGGGGAGGGAUCUACCUGCAUUUGACCAAUAGAAACUCUCGUUUUACACCCCAGCUACUGACAACGAAAUGGAGUCGACUGAAAAAAUGUGUUGCGUGGUCACGGUGUCUGAGUCUUUUUCUGAUCAGAAACCUGUAAGCUGUAGUGGAGUCAUCCUGAACUCACAGACUAGUCUCGUGCUCUGCAAUGGUCUUAUCUUUUCUCGCUUUAUGAAUGACAAGGACGCUUUCUCUUCAGAUCACCGGGUCUUGCUACCAGACAGUUUCAGUGGAAAACUCAAAAUUAGCCUAAACAUCCAUGAACAGCGAUAUUUGGACAUAAACCAAUGCGCAUACCAGUCAUGCACCGUCGCGGAGAGCAACAGCACCUCGCGGCAUCAACACCAAGCGACAGCACAGCUGCUGAUGCUCGCUAACUGUUUGGAGUUCAAGAGUGUUUUCGAGAAGAUCUUCAAAGAGUCUGAUAAGUGGAGUUUUUACGGUGGGGAGGAGGAUGAUGAUGCAGAGAUGGUUAGGGAUUCAGAGUUUCUGAGCUGGUUUGCUGUACUCAAGGUACCAGCCUUGGCCAAAGUGUCAAACGUCAACUUUGGAACCAUACCAUGGGCGACCAGCUCCACUCUCCGGAAAGGAUGCACGGUCCUCGCCUGCGGCUCUCCUUUCGGCGCCUUCUGCCCCGAUCUCUUCAUGGGCACACUAAGCAAGGGUAUCAUCAGUAACCUGUCCGGGGAAGGUAACGCUCUCAUUCUCACUGAUGCCCGCUGCCUGCCCGGUACAGAGGGAGGGGGGCUUUUUGUGCCCCACGGAGACCGAACGCUCCUCGUCGGUUUGAUCGUGUCCCCCUUGUGCUGGAAAGCCAGCGAGUGGAUUGGGCUGACGCUUGUGUGCUCGCUCCAGAUGAUUCUGAGGAACAUCACACAGUGUGUGAAUAUUUGCAAUCCACACCAAGAGAUCCACCACAUGCAGGAGCCCACAGACUUCUUUCAAGCCUUACAGAGUGAAACUGAAACUCAGACGUACCCCACAGUGGCCUUAGUAGACGCUGGACAAUUCUGGGGCUCUGGGGUUCUGGUUAGUCCGCGGUUGGUGGUCACCUGUCGACAUGUUGUCAAUGGAAAACCUGUUGUCACCUUGAGAUUCAACACCAAUGACAGGUUUCAUGCCGUGGUGAGUGAUGUCCUGUACUCCACCAAGGCAUCGUCUCCCUAUGAUGUAGCCGUCGUGCAGCUAAGACACCUUCCCCCGGAGGUAGUCGUGUCACGCUUGGCCACAUCGUUUACACCAGGUGAGGACGUGGUGGUGGUGGGUUACGGAGCUUUCGGCCAGCGUUGUGGUCCCUCUCUGACCAGUGGCAUCCUGUCCAGGGCCAUCAGCUGUCAUGGCCAGGCUGUCAUGCUGCAGACAACCGCUGCAGUGCAGGCAGGGGCCAGCGGAGGAGCUGUGGUGCGGGCAGGAUCAGGAGAGCUGCUAGGUCUGGUUUCCAGUAACACCAGAGACUUUUCUGCCAAGGUAACCUACCCUCACCUGAACUUCAGUGUCCCAAUGACUGUCUUGGAACCGUUGCUACGGCGAUACGCCCAGAAGGGCGACAUUGGUGUGUUCCGGGACUUGGAUACGACCGAUGAGGGAGUCAGGAGGGUGUGGAGGCUACAGACUGCUCAGAGCAAACUGUGACUAAUUACACACACAGACUAACUUCUAUCAGGCAAUAACUUUCUCACUUUUCUAUGACCUUUUUUUAAGGUUCUACUAAUAUCAGUUUGAAAUGUGAGAACGUUUAUCUACCGUCACGUCAUUUCUUAGGCUUGCUAACACCAGCCUUUCUAAGUCCUUGACUGUGAGUCACAGCUCGCGUGCCAGCCAGACUAGACUUGUCUCUCCUCAAUGUUACAAUACCACCGUAACAUGAUCACCACGAGUGGACCAGAGCUGACCAACGUUCCAUCUUUGAAGUACUGGUAUUUGAAAUGGGUUGAUUUUAGUACAUAUAUGAUUCAUUCAUACUACUGUCUGAGCCACUGAAACUGUCUUCUUGUGUAACAUAUUGUUCUCAGACAAUAAAGAUCUUAUAUGAUAGGAUUGA